UUUCUCUCUCUCUCUCUCUCUCUCUCUGUCUCUCUGAGCUUCACUCCGUCGCGGUUCUCUCUUUCUCUCGCACUCCGACAAUUUCAUGGCUUGCCGGAGACUAAGAUUGGCGGCGUGGAGCUUGGAUCCGGAGAGGAAGAGCAGCGGCGGACUGAGGACGAAGCAGGCUGGGAGAGGAUCGUGCCGUGGAAGUUAGGCUUAACGGAUUCUGAGUCGCCGGAAGUCGGUGGUCUCCGGCAUAUCUUUGAAAUCCCGGUCGAGCUUGUUUUGUAUUGGAUUGUAAUUGUUCAAGUUUUUGAUUACUGAGAUCGCAAGUGAUGGGCGUUUUGCUCAAAGAAGCGCUUAAGAGGCUGUGCACUGCCAAUCACUGGGCUUAUGCCGUCUUCUGGAAGAUCGGCUGCCAAAACUCCAAUUUAUUAAUUUGGGAAGAAUCUCAUUGUGAACCAUCACUAUCUUCUCGACGUACACACAUUGAUGGAACUGAAAGUGGUGAAUCACCAUUUGGAGAGUGGGAAGGAUGCUGGGCUUCCUCUGAUAUGUGUUCCUCUUCUCAUGGCAUUCAACCAGAGGAAUUUGUCUCUGCACUUCUUAACAAAAUGUUGAUGAAUAAACCCUUUACUAUAAUGGGCGAAGGAAUAGUUGGACGAGCUGCAUUUACUGGAAAUCAUCAAUGGAUUCUUUCAAGCAAUUACUCUAAAUAUGCCCAUCCACCAGAGGUAGUAAAUGAGAUGCACCACCAGUUUUCAGCUGGAAUGCAGACAGUUGCAGUUAUUCCUGUUCUCCCUCACGGUGUUGUUCAGCUUGGUUCUAGUUUGACUAUUAUGGAGAAUAUAGGAUUCAUUAAUGACGUCAGGAGUUUGAUCCGGCAACUUGGAUGUGUUCCUGGUGCUCUUUUAUCUGAAAACUAUGAGACAAAAAAUUCAAUUGGUAAAGCUGGGGUACCCUAUAAUAUCGGAACGCUGACAACCGGCCAUCCAGGUGGACAUGCAACAAGUUCUACUCACAUGUCUAAUAGCUACACUCAUCAAAACCACUCAUCUCAGGCUCCCAGGCUUGUUGGUCAACCUUCUCAUUCCCUUUUUGAAGAAAUUCUGAAUAUUUAUCAAGCUCCCGUUUCAACAUUUCAAACUCCUAACCUUGCCCAAAAUCUGCCUAAAAUUCCUGAUGACCUUCAACAAACAUUGAAUAAACCAAAGUUUCCUCUUGGAUGCCAACUAAGGGAUGGAGUUGGGGUAGCUGAAGUGAUCAGCUCUAAUUCUGAUGCAUGGUUGAACCACCUUGCUCCUAAUUCAAGGUGUGGACUCAAAUACCCAUGUGGUUCUGUUCAAUCAGCUGCAAGUCAGGGAAGCUUAGAGUUGAUGGAACAUCAGAUCUUGUCUGCUGGUAGCAUGAGGCCUAAUUUUAAUAGCAAAAUUACUGCAUCAAAUGGUUUCAAGCCUAGAACAAAUGGAACUCUAACCAUUGAUCAGAGAAACAGUUUGAUAACCACUCCGUUGCUCGGAGGAAGUCAAACACAUGGUGGAUCAAGUACCCAUUCGAGGCCUACUUUAGUUACAAGCUCUCAUUCAGAGCCACAUGGGCCAGCUGACAUGAAUCUCUCUGGAACAUAUCAUUCUGGGGUUAAUUUUCGAAAGACUCAUUCAUUCCAAAUAGACGGGGUUUCUUUAUCUAGUUUGGCAGAUCAGUCAGCUUCUCAGGACAUACAUCCAAAAGGCUCUGACCAGAGACAGUUUUCCACGGAAGUGAAGCUUACUCAGAGUGAUUUGCCUCCAGUGGAGCAAAUGAUAGAAAAUAAAUUGUUUCAAGCCCUUGACAUCCCAUUGACUCAUCCAUGUGAACAUAUGCCUUUAAGUGAUCACAUAUCUCAGAGUAUUCAUGAUGACUUUGAUAAUAAAAGUUGCACACGGGGAUCUGCAAAUGCUACAAAUGAUGAUGUGUGUACUCAAAUUUCAUCAGGGGAUGACUUAUUUGAUGUUUUGGGUGUGGAUUUCAAAAAUAAGUUGCUUAAUAACAACUGGACUAGUUUGCUGGCUGAUGAACCAGGUUCUAACAAAAGAGAUCUUGCUGAGAAUACUGUGGUGUUUACACACGUGAAGGAUUUGGUUUCGGAUUAUUAUUCCGUAAGUGAAAGGAUAUCAAACAGUAGUAACUUCUCUGUGGCAGAUGCUGACCAUCUUUUAGAUGCUGUGGUCUCGAAGGGUCACUCUACUAUCAAGCAGAGCUCUGAUGAUAAUGUGUCUUGUAAAACAACAUUGACAAAAAUCAGUACCUCUUCCGUACCUAGGGGUUCUCCCACUCAUGGACAGGUUAGUGUGUCUAAUCAUGUGCUUGGGGAGACAUCAGACCUUCCUAAUGAUCUUGGAAAAGCAGGCUUGGUAGAAAUUAGUUCUUUCCUAUCUGGGAGUUGCCGCGCUGAUGCAGGAAACUGUUCCCAGACUACCUCCGUGUAUGGAUCUCAAGUUAGUUCUUGGGUUGAACAGGGCCAUAAUUCAAAGCAUGAGAGUAGUGUUUCAACUGCAUAUUCUAAGAAGCCUGAUCUAUUGGGGAAAUCAAAUCGCAAAAGGCUGAAACCUGGUGAGAAUCCUAGACCAAGACCAAAAGAUCGCCAGAUGAUCCAAGAUCGUGUGAAAGAGUUACGAGAAAUUGUGCCAAAUGGAGCAAAAUGUAGCAUAGAUGCACUGCUUGAACGGACCAUUAAGCAUAUGCUUUUCUUGCAAAGUGUCACCAAGCAUGCUGAUAAGCUAAAACAAACAGGAAAAGGCAAGAUUAUUGGCAAAGAAGCUGGACUGCAUCUUAAAGAAAACUUUGAUGGAAGGGCAACAUGGGCUUUUGAUGUUGGGUCACAAUCUAUGGUCUGCCCUAUCAUAGUUGAGGAUCUGGAUGCACCUCGCCAGAUGCUAGUGGAGAUGCUUUGUGAAGAACAGGGUUUCUUUUUAGAAAUUGCUGAUUUGAUUAGAGGUUUGGGUUUGACCAUCUUGAAGGGGAUGAUGGAAACUCGGAAUGAUAAGAUAUGGGCACGCUUUGCUGUAGAGGCAAAUAGGGACGUUACAAGGAUGGAGAUAUUUAUGUCACUGGUUCACCUUUUGGAACAAACUGUAAAAGGCACCGUGCCACCAGUCAAUGCCAUCAAGAGCAACAGUAUGGUCCACCAUUCUUUUGCCCAAACAACCCCAAUACCUGCAACUGGUAGGCGUAGUGGUUUUCAAUGAACCACUUGCUAAGUACAGUUGUUAAUCUCUACAUUUUUAUCUAAACCUGCAAUGCGUAGGCCGGUAGUUUGAGAUGAAGUGAUGAACUAUUAGCUUAAGUUUGUUGGUCUGGACAUGUUCAGAGCGAGCCAAGUUUUUGCUUGCCAUGACAAACAUGAGUUCUAGACUAGAGCACUCCGGUGGUUCUUUACCUUGACCAAUGUCAUCUAGCACAGACCACGAGUCCUGACUUUCUCACUUUUGGUGAGGAAAGAUUUGUUAAAUUAGGCUUCUGAUUUUUCAUGUAUGUUUAUUUAAAGUGCAUCUCUGUAUUGCCUGAUCACUCCAAGAGUCUAGUCAUGUGUUUGAAUCUUAGCUCUACUGAACUACUAUUUUAGCUAGUGUUUGAGAUUCAUUUAGGGGAUAAAGAUUUCUACAAAUGUAUAGAUGCUGAAGGGUUUCUUUCCUAAAGUUGGUUUAAUGAUAAUUUCUGGUUCUUCUGUAUU